GCAUUUUGCACUUUUUAUAGUAUUUCGUAUACUAUCUAUGUACGGGUACGGUUUGACGAAGAUCUGCAUCCGGGCUUCUCUUGUGUGAAAGUGAACACUGUAUAGUACUGGUGAAGGGUCUCUCGAAAAGUUUGCUCGGGAUAGUCUGGUAGUUGUUUGAUCCAGUAAAGAUGUGUUUCCGUAGCUUGUCAGCGUUGGUGCUUGUUCUGGCUGCAUGCAGCCAUGUUAGCCAGGCUGUUUUGCCGAUUGUCAUGUGGCAUGGAAUGGGCGAUUCCUGCUGCAAUCCACUGAGUAUGGGUUCAAUCAAGAAGGCCUUCGAAUCUGCCCUUCCAGGUGUGUAUGUGCGAUCAUUGGAGAUAGGCGAUUCAGUUGUCAAGGACACGGAGAAUGGAUUCCUGAUGAACGCAAACGACCAAAUCACACAGGUCUGCGCCAAGCUCAAGCAAGACCCAAAGCUGGCCGAUGGCUUCAAUGCUAUUGGCUUCUCACAGGGUGGCCAGUUCCUGCGCGCCGUUGCACAGCGCUGUCCCGAGCCGCAAAUGCACAACCUGGUCUCGGUGGGUGGUCAGCACCAGGGUGUGUAUGGGUUUCCCCGCUGUCCCGGUGCUAACAGCACUCUGUGCGAGAUCAUGCGCAAGCUGCUGGAUGUGGGCGCUUACGUGUCUUUCGUUCAGGACCACCUUGUGCAGGCCGAAUACUGGCAGGAUCCAUUCCACUAUGACGAGUACGUCGAGAAGAACGUCUUCCUCGCCGACAUCAAUAACGAGAAGACCUACAAUGCUGCUUACAAGACGAACCUUCAGAAGCUGAGCAACCUGGUGUUGGUGCGCUUCAUGCGUGACACCAUGGUGCAGCCAUCCAUUAGCGAAUGGUUCGGUUUCUACAAGCCAAACAGUGACAAGGAAACUGUGUCGAUGAAGGACACCAGGGUCUAUCAGAAAGACCUGCUCGGCCUGCAGGAGAUGGAAGCUGCCGGCAAGAUCCACUUCCUUGCCAGUGACAGUGAUCAUCUGCAGAUGAACCAGACCUUUUUCGAAGAGCAGAUCAUGCCAUGGUUUAAGUAAAACCGUGCCAAUCAGCAAACUCUGUCUGCAUCUAUCUCAGUCCUUCUUUUCUAACCCAGGCCGGCCCCCAUGCCUCUGUUGUCGUUGUUUUUUUAGCUUUCCUUUCUCCCUUGAUCUACCUAAUUGUAUUGUUUUGCAGCGUUUUGCUUCCUACGCAGACUGUGUGUUUGGCAUGCACGGUUGAUGGCAAAGAAUGCUUUUUCUAAUGAGUCACUGGUGUGCCAGGUUAGGCUUUGGGUACUUGUGUGAUGUACGUUAUCCUUCGAGCUGUCUCCUUUACCUCCGUGAAACGACUUUCAAAGACAA